AAAGGGAAAGCGAUCUUCCCAAUCGUUUUUCGCGACAUAGGAUAGGAUCAUCCCUUCGUACGCUCCGGCCGUCCUGUACAGCCGCACGCACACGUGUCUACCUGUUUCAUACGUAUAUGCGUACACUGUUGUUCGAAGUACUGAAUCCGUAACCUUGAAAAGCCCACCCUCGAAGCACAAGUUCAAUCGCAGCGGGUGAACCAACGCUUUUUCUCGGCGGAUCCCCGGGAACACAUAAUCUGAUUUCAAUUCGUAGAUCGCGAUUUACUGAUAACAAUGUCGUCGUAAAACAUUGAGAAUUUAUUGAGACGUGACGUUUGCCUGUUGGUGAGCCCUGGCCAAGGUGUUCGGAUUAUAGGUUAGAGAAAAGUGUGUGUAACGAAUAGCUUCGUUGGAACCUAGCUGAGAAAUGUCGUUGAAGGAUUAGGCGGUUCGAAUGCCGCUGUUAUGUGCUAAAAUCGUUUCAUUAAAGUCAACAUGGUGCAAUGUAACGCAGUCGCGCCUAGGCGCAAUGUCAGAAUUCUGUUAAUCGGCGACAGCGAAGUGGGUAAGACAUCUUUGAUAUUAUCGUUGGUCAGCGAGGAGUACGCGGAAGAUGUCCCCUGUAAAGCUGAAGAAAUCACUAUCCCGGCGGACGUCACGCCGGAGCAAGUACCGACGCACAUAGUUGAUUAUUCAUCUGUUGAACAAACUGAUGAUCAGUUAGCAGAAGAGAUACAGAAAGCUCAUGUGAUCUGUGUUGUGUAUUCUGUCGUUGAUGAAGACACACUGGACAGAGCAGCUACCCACUGGUUGCCAUUGAUAAGACGAUGUUCAACGAAUAAUCGUUGCCCAGUCGUGCUUGUGGGAAAUAAGAUUGAUCUUGUUGACUAUUCUACUAUUGAGGCUGUAUAUCCUAUAAUGAAAGAAUUCACUGAAAUUGAGAGUUGUAUAGAGUGCUCUGCCAAAACGUUACAAAAUGUCUCAGAAACAUUUUAUUAUGCACAAAAAGCUGUACUGCAUCCUACCACACCGCUUUACAAUUACGAUACCCAGGAGCUUACAGAAGAAUGCAAGCAUGCACUACAAAGAAUUUUCAAGAUAUGCGAUCUGGACAACGAUGGUUUGUUAGAUGAUGUGGAGCUAAAUGCAUUUCAACAAUGGUGCUUUAACACUCCAUUGCAACCGCAAGUAUUGGAGGAUGUUAAGGCAGUUUUAUCGAAAAAUAUUCAAGAUGGCAUUUGUUGCGGAUGUGUUACUAUGAAAGGUUUUAUGUACCUUCAAUGUUUAUUUAUUCAACGAGGAAGAAACGAAACUACCUGGGCUGUGCUAAGAAAAUUUGGCUAUGAUAAUGAGUUACAGAUGUCUAAAGAAUAUAUACAUCCACCGUUGAAAGUUCCUCUCGGUUGUACGACUGAAUUAUCACAUAAAGGACAGGAAUUUUUAACACUCUUAUUCAUGCAACACGAUCGGGAUCGAGAUGGUGCUCUAUCCCCAUCAGAAAUGGAUUCACUGUUCUCACGAUGUGUAGCUCCACCGUGGGGAGAUGAAUAUAAAUAUACUGUCCCAACUAAUGAAAAGGGGUGGAUUACAUUUCAAGGAUAUAUGUGUCAAUGGGCGCUGUUGACUCUCACGAACGUGCGAAGAACAUUGGAAUACAUGGCAUAUCUUGGCUAUAAUAUGUACAAUAACGAGUGUCAGACGAACGCGAUUAUCGUUACACGCGAGAAAAAGUUAGACUUGGCGAAGAAGCAGUCGAGCAGAAAUGUUUAUACUUGUCAUGUAAUUGGUCCGAAGAGCAGCGGUAAGACGACGCUGUGCAGAACGUUUAUUGACCCCAAGCUCGAGAAAUUGACGGACGAAGUGGUCCCGCCAACUUCGCACGUUACCGUGAACACGGUACACGUCUACGGCCAGGAGAAGACAAUAAUUUUACGGGACAUAAACAUACUCAAUGUUCAGGAUGCUUUGACUCCAGCACAAAUCCAGUGUGAUGCAGCCGCUCUCGUUUACGAUGCCAGUAAUCCCAAAUCGUUCGAAUAUAUCGCCCGGAUUUAUAUCAAAUAUUUUGCAGAUAGUAAGAUUCCGGUUCUCAUAAUAGCGAAUAAGAGCGAUUUAUCUGAGGUGAAACAAGACUACUUGUUACAACCAGUAAGUUUUUGCAAUAAGUACAAACUGAUGCCGCCGCAACCGUACAGCAUCUCCCGUACAAUACGACGUGAAAUCUUCGUUAAAUUAGCGACUAUGGCAGCUUUCCCCCGCUUUCAAGGAGCAUGGGUAUUAUUUUACAGAGACAGUCCUUUGAGGCGUAUGGUCCACAUGUUGCUUGACAAAUCCUCACCCACUCAAUGGUGGAGUUCUUUUACAAGACAUAUAAAUCAGUUUGGACUGAUUCAAGGGGAUUCGAUCGUCUGGUGGAAGGCUGGCCUUGGGAUCGCGGUUGCCACCGUUGCCGGUUUCGUGGUAAUGCGCGUAUUAAAUACAGAGAAGAGAUAGUCUACCAUAUUCCUUUUCUUGCACAUUUAACUGCCUCUUUUGGUCAAAUAUAAGGCCGCCUUUGAAAAACGCGUUAAGUUAAUAAACUAUGUUCUUAAAUCAUUAA